GGGGCCACGGGAGUGUGGUCUCGCGCGCAAUUGGUCGGUAGUGGCACUCUCUCUCUGUCUCUCUACCCUAGAAAAAAAAUUUACACUUCCGUAGGCUGACCCCGCGUAGGCAAAUUUUUUUUUUUUUUUUGGGACGACCUCUUCCCCCUUCCUCCCUCACUUCUCCACUCCGCCUUCCGAGCAGCGCCUUCGACAAACCCAAACCAACCCGCCUUAAUAUGGAGACUCCGCUGGCCCUCUGUACCAACUGUGUUAUGUGUGAACUAUCUACCAUCUCUGGUCUUUGUUUUGCUGGCAGGAGAUGUCUAAGUGGAGUGUGUAACUAAGAGACAAAGAGAGUUCCGAGAGUGUGCUUCUUCUCUUCCCUCUUCCAACCCUCUUGUGAUUGUCUCCUGCCAACCACUGCCAACCACUACCACUGCCACCACCCCCCCCGGUUCACGCCUCUACAGGACUCACGCUCUCCUAAACCACACAGGCGUGAGAAGAUGCCGGAACAGAGUAACGACUACCGCGUGGUGGUGUUCGGGGCAGGAGGCGUCGGCAAGUCCUCCUUGGUCCUGCGCUUCGUCAAGGGCACCUUCAGGGAGUCCUACAUCCCGACCAUCGAAGACACGUACCGCCAAGUGAUCAGCUGCAACAAGAACAUCUGCACGCUGCAGAUCACCGACACGACGGGCUCGCACCAGUUCCCGGCCAUGCAGCGCCUCUCCAUCAGCAAGGGUCAUGCCUUCAUCCUCGUCUACUCCAUCACGAGCCGCCAGAGCCUGGAGGAGCUGAGGCCGAUCUGGGAGGUGAUCCGGGAGAUCAAGGGCAACGAAAUGGAGUUCCCGAUCAUGCUGGUGGGGAACAAGUGCGACGAGAGCGACGCCCGGGAGGUGCAGAGCUCGUACGGGGAGGCGCAGGCGAAGGCGUGGAAGUGUAAUUUCAUGGAGACUUCGGCCAAGACCAACCACAACGUGAAGGAGCUGUUCCAGGAGCUCCUCAACAUGGAGAAGAACAGAAAUAUGUCGCUGCAGCUGGACGGCAAGAAAAACAAAUCGCAAAAGGGCACACGCAAGAUUAAAGAGAAGUGUCUCGUGAUGUGAGAAGGCCCGGUCGGGUGCUCGCGGGGGCAGAGAGGGUGCUGUGGCCUAACUGUGAUGUUCCAAGUUCAGAUUCCACGGACGCUCUACCGCGCACCUCCUCCCCCCGUCGGGCGAUUCACUGUGAACAUUGCUAUAUUUUGGUGUUAAAAAUGUUCCGCGGUGGAGUUCUGUGUAACGUGUGAAGGUCACAGAUCAGUCUAACCAUUAGACGUCAACGUGUCAUAAUAUUCUCAGCACAAUUUACAAGGCAAUACUUUAAGAUAAAUAAUGAAAAAAAAAGUUACUUGACAUAAUAUGUAAUGAUCCGGUUCGAUCACCAAAAAUGGUGAAGUAUGUUAUGUACCUGUUUUGUUUAUACCAAAGAGCAUGGACUAGUCAUACACUGUUAUAUGUGCUUCAUAGGGACCAGUUCCGUUGCACAUUUCCCAGGCAUGAUGGACUGUACAGUAAUGGUUCCCUUCCGUUGUUAAGACGGCAUUUAGACUAUACUUUAAAAUCUUUACUAUACUACAAUGGCAACGAUCCUCGACAAACGUGAUUUUGACACUCUUUCGUCCCCCAAUAAAAGAGUUUCGUGAUAGCUAGACGAUAUUAGGAUAGCUACAAAGUCAGGAUAGUUAACGUUGUUUAUACUAUUAUUCAGGUUUCUGUGUGACUGUUCUCCCUUAACACAUUUCCCCCCAACCCCCUAGCCUCGAUAGACGAACUCUAGCCACCCCCUGUUCUGACGAGAUGUACCUUCUGAUGGACUUCGGGCGGCAAUCAUCUUGACUUCAGUACCGGUACUGUUUCAGCUUGGUUGGCUUGAGUGCCCGCUGGUUUUUCCAUUUGCGGAGUGUGGAUACUACCUUUUAUCCUGUACAUAAAUGAGACAUAUACAUAUACAUCAAUACCUAUAUAAAUAUAUGCACACGACCAUACACACAUAUAUAUAACAUACAUAGAUGUUACACACCGACACACACACUUAAAUAUGUGUAUAAUUUAGCACUAAUUUUAGAUCUUUUAAUAGUAAUAACACAUUGUAUACAGAGUCAAGUGAUCAAGUGAUUUGUAACCAGAAUCAAACAUGAAGCUAUCCAGAUACAAGUCAACAUCACUGUUGUAUAUAUAGGUGCUCCCUGACACCCGCGCUCGAGACGUAUUUUAUCACGCCGCAGCACCGCCGCCGUCGCCCUCCCUUCCGCCUGGCGAAUAGCUCCCUCAACACGUAUAGGGCACACUCACUCGUUCUGUUAACAACAAGUUUAAAGCAUGAUUUUUUUUUUCUUUAUUUUGUUAUAUAGGUUUUGUUUGUUUGUUAAUUUGUAGAGAAAGAUGAAGAUAUAUAUGUUUGAAGAAAAAAGGCGAUAAUGGCCAUUUGAAAAAAAAAAAAAGUUUAUGUUAGGGGGGCCGGAGCAUUACAAAGCUUCCUGGUAGAGUGAAGUUCUUCCAUAGUGGAUAUCUUUUUCAUGCGAAUGGAUCGUUAUUCAUCUAAUUCCUGAGGUGACUGUCGAUUAACGUUAAAUCCACUCUUAGAACACCGAAUACUUCCAGUGUUAAAUUUCUACAACGAUUAACUAGUCCUGUAAUGGCUAACUACUUAUUAGAAAUCACAAGACAGUAACUUGUCUAAUACUCUUAUGAUAAAUCAUAAUAAUCGAAACUCACAAUAUGUAGGUUAUUCUUUAAAUGACAAGGAAAUCUGUCUUUAUUAUAGAAUUUGAUGGUUGUAGUAACUGCUCCAUAAAGGAAUUGGGAACAAAUUGUCUCCAAAAGUUAUAUAUUUUUUAUGGGAAUAUAAAGUUACUUUUAAGGUUACUUGAUUUACAAGACAUCACUAUUAAUUAAAGAUAACAAAACAGUUCCUUUCAGGUGUCAGCCUCCUGGCGAAAAAUAAGUCAAUUUUCCGUGAUACAAAUUUUAUAUAGUUUCCAUCAACAUGGUAGAUCUGUAUAUUAAGAAAAAAAAACUUAUAAAGAUGGGAAUAUUAAGAAAAAAAAACUUAUAAAGAUGGGAAUGUUGUAUUGAACAAUUUGGCAUCUGUAUUGGUGUAAAUCGGUACAGCGUACUAAAGCAAGGCAGAUAUGUAUAUUGUGUACAUAUAUAUAUACAUAUAUCUGUGUGGUGUAACACAACCUAGUUCCUCAGUGACAUUAAAAUGUUUCAUGUUUGUUCUUUAUGUAUAACCGUAAUGGUUUUUAAUAGUUUUUGUUCAUUAUUACACUCAUGUGAUGACACUGAUUUGUGGAAAAAAAAUGUUAUUUGGCACGAAAAAAACAAAAACAAAAAAAAUCUUGUGGGAUUCUUGAAUUAUAACUUCAGAAGUGUUUGUUGUGGUUUAACUGCAGAAGGUGAUGCUUUUUGAGUUCUUGGAGACGUCACUGCAUAAUAAUAAUCAGGGCCUUAUCAUUGUUUUAGAUAUUAUAGAAAAAUAACAAAAAACAAAAAAACAAAAACAGAACAUGAAAGUGACAUCUUGUACUACUACUAUUCAAAGUGUAUUUCAUUUAUUCUCUUCUUUUGUUUGUUUGUCUGUAAAAAAUGUAGUGAUACAGCAUACCUACUGAAUAAUUGUUCUCUCAGUGAUUAGAGUUGUACACUAUAUUUGUUAUAUGAUACUUUUUUAAAAAACUAUUUUUGCUUUGUACUUUUCCCAUAAGCAAACAUGUUAUUGUUAUUGUUUUGAACAUUAUCAAGACCCUCCUACCAUACAGAAAAUAUUGUAAAUUUCAUUACCAUUUUGUAAAUUAAAAUCACUAACGAAAGCAAAAAGCUUUAAAAAUUGGUGACGUUGUCGAUUAUCCACACCUUGUUAAAUGAAAACAAACUUUGCAUACCUUGUCUUGUAUUCCUUAAUAUUUACCAGACUUUACCACUGCAGUGUGUGUUGCUAUAGGUACUACCGGCCUCGCAUUACUUGCACUGAAUAUCGAAAAGCUUAAAUCAUACACACGCGACGGCAAUGUACAGAGGAAUCCUGUGUUAUUGUCCUGUAAUGCUAACCUUAUUUUUCAUUAUUUCUUUCCCCUUUUUAUAUGAUUGUUUUUCCUCUCGCUCUCCCUGCGUUGCUAUCACUUGUUUUUUCUUUCUUUCUUUCUUUCUUUCUUUCUUUUUUUCAUGUUUCUCAUACCUGUUUCAUUAUUUUUUUUUUAUUUAUCUGUAUUUCUCUCUUUCCUUAACUAUGUUUUCUCCUUUUUUGUUUCUAUCUCAAUUUAUAUAAUUUGACGAUAGAUAUUUCUAUUUAUAUAUAUUUUAUUUAUUUUUGUUUACAAGGCCCAGACGCCUCCGAGAAAGUUCAUUUUGACCAGCUGGAGGUGGGUCGACGCUGCCUCCGUUGCUGUUUGUCGAAGAAAGGGUUAUUGCAAAUUGUUACUACAGUAGUUUGGAUACAUUACUUGGUUUUUCAUUUUGAGGACGACAUGCCACUGAAUUGUCGACUGAAUACUUCUUGUUUUAUGUUAAAGACACCAUUUUCUCCCUCUUAUACUGGUUAACACUUCUAAGCACUUUAUUCGCGUGUGUUUAAAUGUACAUUUUGCAAAUGGAAUGUAUCUUUGAAAGAAAAAGAUGUACUUCUGUAUAAAUUUGUAAGAUAUUGUUGAUAAAAAAGGCGAAUCUGCUUAAAUAUCCUCAGUAAAUUUCAUCACACUCUCAAAAUGCUGUUCGACAGACCUCAGUCUUGCCGUGAAUAAUAAAAAAAUAAAAAAAAUGAUUAUAAUAAUAAUAAUUUUCACGUGAUCGCCAGCUAAAAGUUAUUAUGAUAAUAAAUAGAUAAAAUAUAAUAAUUAAAGGAAAAACAGAAAAAUAAGCCGUUUUUUCCCAUCUUCGGUGAUUUUACUGGUACAGAGGUCGGAGAAACAUUCUGUUCUCUUUAAAAAAAAAAAAAAUGAGUUCAAGGAAAAAAUAUAUAAAACUUCACACAUUCUGUUUUCCAAAUAGUCUUCUCCGUUACUUUUAUCAUUUUGGUCCUAUUUGUCAGUUUAUACUGAAUGUAGAGUUAUAUAUUUUUGCACUAAUCAGUAAAUAAACAAAAAAAAAAAAAGAUAAAAUAUAUAUACGCAAACGGAAAGCAAACAGGACAUAUACAACACCCAUCCCCUCCCCCUUACCCCCACGGCAACCAAAGAGAGUUCACACACACCCCUACAAGAAGAGGAGGGAGGGAUACAGAAGCUACAAUAGUGACUUCUACUUCAUUUUCUCUUUCUUUAGAUAUGUAUAUAUAUAUGUAUGUAUAUAUGCCUAUAUAUGCCUAUAUAUGUUCUGUCUUCUUUCAUUCUUUCUUUUCCUUUUUGACUUUAUUACCGUUUGUCUGUAUCUGUUUCUGUCUCUAUCUUUUAAUCUCUCUCUCUCUCUCAGCGACGCCCGACCCUUUCGCAGCCGAAAAGUCACUUGGAUUUACUUAUAGUGACAACAUAAAUAUAAGUUUUUUCAACCAAUACGGCUUCCAGAGGAAAUAAGAUCAAAAUAAAUAAAACCCCAAAAAUGACUACCCAUUGAUUCACACCCAAAAAUAAAAGUGUCUAAAAACGUGUGUAUACAUACAUACAUUCGUACAUACAAAGACAUACCCUACAUGUAUGAACGUAUGCAUAUAUGUAUGUAUGUACGUAUGUAUCAAAGCACCAAAUACCAAUAAUAUAUAUAUAUAUAUAUAUAUACAUACAUACACACACAUAUAUAUAAUAAAAUCGGGCAAUCCAACGUCGAAUCUCGAAGCUUCUUAUUCCUGUUUCGAUCCUUUUUUAUUCCGAGUCAUGAUUCGAAGCUCCUGGCAUCCUCCCCUUGUUUUGUACGGUAUCUCGUCGACCCCCGAGUCAUUCUACGCAUGUUCAUGAUAAACAUUUGUGACUGUAACGUUUAAGUGUGUACAUAGAUUAUAUUCAUUGAAAUAUAUAAAUGUAUAAUUACUUGCGCGUGUGUUACUAUACUAUUAAUAAUAAUCUUGAGGACAACGGUUGUAAGCUUUAAUUUAAGAAACGAAACUUGACUUCAUUAUCCAAAGCUCAAAUUUUGUAUAUGCUUUCGAUGACUGAGAUAUGUUCAUUGUUCUGUAUAAAAAACAAUAUCCACAUUCAGUCUCCUGGUAAACAUCUCAUUUUAUACAGUAACGAAGCUGCUCCUAAGUACCGAAAUACUGUGUUGAAAAUGCCACUUCACGCUAACCAUGUAACUAGUCAACUUAGCAACAUGAACGCUAUUGUAAAUCUAUUUUUUUCCUAUUCAACAUCACAAUUCGAUAUUUUGAUUCAGCAAUUACGUCAUUUUUUCAUUUGAAUUCGCCGAUAGCGUAAUUUGAUUAAAUGAUUACCUUUGGCAUAUUCAGCAUAGUACCCUUUUUUGCCAAUUUUCCCAAAGGAGGAACAUAUCUUAAACUUAACAUUAAGCGAACGAAAAAUAUUAUACUUGCAAAUAAUUAUUACCAUACCUAACUGUGACAUUAAGAAAACAUAGCUAUUAGGAACAAAUUCUAUGUGUAUGAUUUUGUUUUUCUAAGCUAUACUCAAAGAUAAUUGUGAUAACUUCAAGAGAAAAAGGAAAACAAAAAGAAUGCCAAAUCUCCUGUAUAAAAAAAAAAUCACAAUGAACAUCAAACUGAAAUUCAACAUUUUCAUAUAAUUAAAACAACAACAGUUAUCAUUAAUACUUGAUAAAGAUGAUACAGUUAUUAGGGUGAAGUUUUGAUAAGUAGAGAGAUGUUUUCUCCUUGAUAAGUCCCUCUGGUAGGACGACUUAUACAAAACUGUUUUUUCUAAAACUGUUGAUAUUAGGAUCGCUAGCCAUCAGCAAGAGAAAGUUAAUUCAAUGAUGAUAAUGGCGGGAGGUGAAAAAAAAUCCGCUGUAUUUUUAUGGUCUUUGCAAGUGAAUUUCUUCCUCGUAAGAUGAGAGAGAGAGAUAUAUGGGUGGUGGUAGUUUGGUAAUUUGUAAUUCAUAAAUCUUAUUUCUGGUAUACAGUAUCUCCAGCAUAAAAAUAAAUGCCAAAAGACGA